AGCAGCGUCGUCAGCGAAGGACGACGCGCGUCCUCAGACCACUGCUCUUAAGUCUCUUCCUUCCUCAACCAUCACCACCACUUCAUCUCUUUCACGAACGACAACGACAACACUAUGCCUGACCUCUCACUCGACCCUUCAGGUGCUGCCCCCGGUCCAGGACCAAAUGACAUCUCUACUGCUAUCUUGAGACCCAAGAAAUCGCCAAAUCGUCUCAUUGUAGACGAGGCGACAGCAGAUGACAACUCUGGUAUUCGCUACUCUUAACCCCGCAACAAUGGACACCCUUGGUCUGUUCCGAGGUGACACUAUCAUCGUCAGGGGAAAGAAGCGGAGAGAUACUGUCCUCAUCUGCCUAAGCGACGAUAAUGUCGAGGAGGGCAAGAUCCAGAUGAACAAGGUCGCUCGAAACAACUUACGAGUGAAACUCGGUGAUCUCGUCAAUGUCCACCAAUGUCUCGAUAUCAAGUACGGAAAGCGCGUACACAUCCUGCCCUUUGAUGACUCGAUUGAGGGCCUCAGCGGUAACAUCUUCGAUGUCUACCUCAAGCCAUACUUCCUCGAAGCCUACCGUCCCGUCCGAAAAGGCGACACCUUCCUCGUUCGUGGUGGUAUGCGAACAGUGGAGUUCAAGGUCAUCGAAACCGAUCCAGCUGAGUUCUGUAUCGUUGCGCAAGACACUGUCAUCCACACAGAGGGUGACCCGGUCAAGCGCGAAGACGAGGAGGCCAACCUCAACGAUGUCGGUUACGAUGACAUUGGUGGUUGUCGCAAGCAGAUGGCCCAGAUUCGUGAACUUGUCGAAUUGCCCCUUCGUCACCCCCAACUUUUCAAGUCCAUUGGUAUCAAGCCUCCCCGUGGUAUUCUCAUGUACGGUCCCCCCGGUACUGGUAAGACGCUGAUGGCGCGCGCGGUCGCAAACGAGACUGGCGCGUUCUUCUUCUUGAUUAAUGGUCCUGAGAUCAUGAGUAAGAUGGCCGGAGAGUCUGAGAGUAAUCUCCGGAAGGCGUUCGAGGAGGCUGAGAAAAACUCCCCUGCUAUCAUCUUCAUUGAUGAACUCGACUCUAUCGCGCCUAAGCGUGAAAAGACCAAUGGUGAAGUUGAGCGUCGCGUUGUGUCUCAGCUCCUCACCCUCAUGGAUGGAUUGAAGGCUCGUUCGAACGUAGUCGUUAUGGCCGCUACCAACCGACCUAACUCUAUCGACCCUGCCCUUCGUCGAUUCGGUCGAUUCGAUCGUGAGGUCGACAUCGGUAUUCCUGAUCCUACCGGCCGUCUCGAGAUUCUCCGCAUCCACACGAAGAACAUGAAGCUUGCGGAUGACGUCGAUCUUGAGCAAAUUGCUGCCGACACUCAUGGAUACGUUGGUUCCGAUGUGGCUGCUCUUUGCUCAGAAGCUGCCAUGCAACAAAUCCGUGAGAAGAUGGACCUCAUUGAUCUCGAGGAGGAUACCAUCGAUGCCGAAGUCCUCGAUUCGCUCGGUGUUACGAUGGACAACUUCCGCUUCGCGCUCGGUACUUCCAACCCCUCUGCCCUUCGCGAGACUGUGGUGGAGGUGCCUACCGUCAAAUGGGAAGACAUUGGUGGUCUGGACAAGGUCAAACAGGAGUUGCAGGAAACUGUUCAAUACCCGGUCGAGCAUCCCGACAAGUUCAUCAAGUACGGUAUGUCGCCGUCGAAGGGUGUUUUGUUCUAUGGUCCUCCUGGUACUGGUAAGACCUUGCUCGCAAAGGCUAUUGCCAAUGAGACCCAGGCAAACUUUAUCUCAAUCAAGGGUCCUGAACUGCUCACUAUGUGGUUCGGUGAGUCUGAAGCAAACGUCCGUGAUGUCUUCGACAAAGCUCGUGCGGCUGCACCUUGCGUGAUGUUCUUCGACGAGUUGGAUUCCAUCGCCAAGUCCCGUGGCGGUUCAGCCGGGGAUGCUGGAGGUGCAGGUGAUCGUGUCCUGAACCAGAUCCUCACUGAGAUGGACGGUAUGAAUGCAAAGAAGAACGUCUUCAUCAUUGGUGCGACUAACCGACCGGAUCAAAUCGACCCUGCUCUUCUUCGUCCUGGUCGUCUCGACCAGCUCAUCUACAUUCCUCUUCCCGACGAGCCUUCACGUCUUUCGAUUCUCAGAGCUGCACUCAGGAAGUCUCCUAUAGCAAAGGAUGUGGAUCUUACCUUCUUGGCGAAGAAUACCCACGGGUUCUCUGGUGCCGAUCUUACUGAGAUUUGCCAACGUGCUGCCAAGUUGGCUAUUCGAGAGAGUAUUGAGGCUGAUAUUCGCAAAGCGAGAGAGAUAAAGGAGAAGGAGGAAGCUGCUGUUGAUGAGGCUAAGAUGGAGGAGGACGUAGAGGAGGAGGACCCCGUUCCGGUCAUUACGAGGGAACACUUCGAGGAGGCCAUGAAGUAUGCUCGUCGCUCGGUGUCUGAUGGAGAUAUCAGGCGGUACGAGAUGUUCGCUCAGAACCUUCAACAGUCGAGGUCGUUUGGUACGACAUUCAAAUUCCCCGAAAGCACUGGUGUACCUGUUGCGGCUGGUGUAGCCCCGACGAGCAACGCUGGCUUUGGCGAGGAUGUGCAAGAUGAUGACUUGUACGCGUAAAGGAAAAGGACUCGGGGUGUUGUUGGUUGUGAUAGCUGUCGACUGUUCUGUGUUCUCUGCAUUCCAUUUUUCGUUUAGAAAUGUUUCGGCAUAUUAGUUGUGUAGUGUAAACAUUCCUGAAUUCCAUGAUCUUCUGACUGAAGGCCAAGGAUGAGACUAAGACUCUUAAGUGUGUCUAUUC